AUGCUCCUUUUCAAAAAUAUUUUUUAUAAUUUUUUUCUAAUUUUGAGCUCUCUAUUUUUAAUAAAUUCUCAAGAAAAAGAAACACCAAUUAAAAAUUGUGGUCAUCAAAUUAACAAUCUUGGAGGUCGAAUUUCCCUCGAUGGUCAAGAAUCAUUAAUUGGCCACGAAAUAGAGUGUAUUUGGUUAAUUAAUAUUGGCCAAAAAUUCUCUCAAAAUUUUUCUUUUCCAACUUCCACCGAUUUUCCACAUUUUGACUAUAUUUCUCUUCGAGUUGAUAAAUUCUAUUUGAAAGGAGAAAAUUUAAAAUUAGAAAUUAGAGAAGGAAGUAAUUCUGAAGGAAAUAUUUUAGUUGAAUUUGAAGGGGAACAAACAACUAAACAAUUAAUACAAAAACAGUCUGAACAAGGAUUCGAAAUUUCUUCAUUAAAUGUUGAUAAUAAAGAAAAUGGAUUUUAUGUUAAAUUAACAGGAAAAAUUGAAAAUAUUUCAGGAUUGAGUAUACCCUAUUCUUAUUUUUAUCAUUGGCCAGCCUCGCCAUGUGCCUCUGCUGAUGAAUUUUAUUGUGAUAAUCAUAAAUGUAUUUCUAGUAUUUUACGUUGUGAUGGUUAUGAUCAUUGUGGUGAUUCUAGUGAUGAAAUGUGUAAAGGAGGAGAAAUACAUAUUGAAUAUGAUCCUUUAUGGAAAAGUGCAGUUUUAACCGUUGUUUUUGCUUUAUUAGCUUUAUUGUUACUUACACUUUUAAUGGUUUUGCUUGUUUCUCGCACUGCUCGUCGCCAUUUAAUUCAUUCAUUACCUUCACGUUCAACUCAAUGUAUUAAUCGAAAUCAAAGAAGGAGGGGGAGAAGAGAAGCUUCUGCUGUAACUGCAAGUAUUGGAAAUAAUCAACGGGUGGCUAAUUGUUGUCAGGGUACAGGAGGGAGAUUAAUGCCAGGUAUUACUCAUCACCAAAAUUGUUCACAUUUUAACAAUUCACUCAUUAAUAAUUGUCAACAUCCAGCAAUUCAAACACUUGGAGAUAGGAGAUUUUAUUUAUUUCCUUCAGAUAGAGCACCUAUUAGUUUAAUUGAAGCUCCUCCAACUUAUCAGGAUGCUCUUAAACAUCCAAAAUUCACAGCCCCUCCAGCUCGUAAUUCUCGACAUCUUGUACAUCCAACUACUGACAGACCAGAAAUUUCUGAUUUUCAAAAUUUAAAUUUUCGAUUAUCUCCAAAUGAAUUACAAAUGGAAUUUGAAGAAAUUGAAAGGGAAAAUGAAAGGAUUAGGUGGUUACAAAUGAAUGAAAAUGGAAUUGAAGAGGAUGAAGAGGUAAUUGAAAGAAAUGAAGGAAGGGAAGAAGAAGAAGUAAACAAUAAAGAAGAAGAAUUACCCCAAACAAUUAAUUUAGUGGAUGAAUUUGAAGAAAUUAAUUUAAAUGAUGAUGAUGAAGAUGGAAAAAGUAAAAAAGAAGAAAAGUGUGAAGAAGAAUGUUGUUAUAUUUCUGGGCCUAGGUUGGUUGAGAGGGGAUUUAUGUGGAGUUUUACCUAA